UCCCGUAAACCCGAGCGGGAUGAGAGAGGAGUAAGUUUUUAUUGGUUUCUGUAAACUAUUGAAAACAGAAUAGAACUCCCCCGCCAUACGAGACCAGUCCAACAACAUACUUAGUUGUUAUUUUGUCUGCGGAUUAUGAACGUGAGGUGAAGUACAUCCGGGAUUACGUGCACUCUCACGUGCAGCAGAUGCUAGACGAGACCCCAGUGACGAAAGAGGGGGCGGGGCAAUGACGUCAGGUUGGGACCUGGACUCGAGGUGUUGACUGCUCAGUUGACGUGUGUUGCGGUCCCAGGCACGUUGCUGUGCGUAGCUGUGCACGUGUAACGUUGCUGGCACCAACCGUCCCGUCUUCUCUUUAAGUGACCGCGGGCGGGGCGGCCUUUAUUAACUUUCACCUGUUCGUCAUCGCGUUCAAACUUCUCUUUCAUCUUCGUGUAACUGCCAUGUCAAUGGACUUGAACUAUCACUGGACUUCAAGCCGCGAGACAGACGAGCUCCCGUUUCAUCUCAAAGUAAAGUGUUCAAACUUUUGCAGCAGUGCCAACGUCGUUUCCAUCCAAAAUAUUAUUGUGUGAAAGAGUACCAUCGUCUUCGCAAGAAAGAUCGUUUCUGCCACCAAAUCUGAAAAUUCCGGACAAAGACUUUUUUUAAAAAUAAAAUUGAAUACGAUGAGGGAAAGGAUAUGUUUAUUCAUCCUUGCAACAGUCUUGCUUGGAGGUGCGAAUGGCCAGACGGCAGCGCCGAAUGAAGGCGCUCUGCGACUGGUGCCGGGUACGUCAAGGGUGUCCGGGGCAGGACGGGUGGAGAUCUACCACAACAAUACCUGGGGAACAAUAUGUGACGACGGCUGGAACCUGAAUGCGGCCACAGUGGCGUGCAGGCAACUGGGAUAUCAGUCACACCAGAUAAUCUUCAGAACUCAGGCUUUCUACGGAGCAGGGACUGGCCGCAUCUGGCUGGAUGAUAUCCACUGCACGGGUUCCGAGACCUCCAUCCUGCAAUGCCAGCACCGACCCCUAGGGACGCACAACUGCAAUCACUACGAAGAUGCUGGUGUAGACUGUUCUCCCAGCAGCAACAACUACCCCAUUCGUCUGAACGGGUCUUCCGUGGCCUACAAGGGCCGUGUUGAGAUAAUGUACAACGGCCAGUGGGGGACCAUCUGCGACGACAACUGGGACGACCAUGCUGCCCAGGUUGUGUGUCAGCAGUUGGGGUUUGUCGGGACCCUCGCCAUUCCCAUGACGUCAGCUUCCUUCUCUAAUGGCACGGGCAAUCCCAGCAUUCCAAUCUUGCUGGACGACGUGCGCUGCUCUGGCUCCGAGGCCUCGAUAAGCGACUGCAACCACCGCACGUGGGGCACGAGCAACUGCAGGCACUCGGAAGAUGCUGGCGUCAUGUGCCUGCCGCAAAACGCUCAGGCCAGCGGACUCAACAACACCCUUCAGAUCCGCCUGACAGGGGUGAACAGAUACACCGGCCGUGUGGAAGUUCAGAUGUACGGUAUCUGGGGCACUGUAUGCGAUGAUAGCUUCGACUCUCGGGCCGCCCAAGUUGUUUGCCGAAUGCUUGGUUACCAAGGGGGGACGGUAAAUCCGACACACUCCAAUGGGGGUGGGGCAGGACCGAUCUGGUUCGAUGACGUCAGAUGUCUGGGGACGGAGAGCAGCCUGCUGAACUGCACCCGGAAGAACUUAGGUGUUAACGACUGCAGCCAUUACGAGGACGUUGGUGUCACCUGCACGCCACCCGGAAAUGCGGACACUAUAGAGACGACAAUCGAGGGCGGUGGCUCAAAGGGAAGACUUAUCGCCACCGUCAACGGACGACAAGGCACCGUGUGUAACAACAUCGCCACCAACGCCGUAGCCAUAGUUGUGUGCAGGCGCCUCGGCUUCACCGGAACCAAUCCGGUCAUCCUGGCCAGUCCGGCAGGUAACUCAGCCACUCUCCCUAUUGUGCUGGAUUUUGUCAGGUGCGUUGGCACGGAGGACUCGCUAGCUGGCUGUCGCUACAACAAACUAAGCUACUGCGACCACAGUAGAGACCUUUGGGUAGACUGCAGAGCUGGGACCCCCGCCAGCAACCUGCAGGUUCGCCUGGUUGGCGGUAACCAAUGGCAGGGUAGAUUGGAGGUGCUUUAUAACAACACCUGGGGCACCGUCUGCGACGACCACUUCGACACCAACGCCGCACGAGUCAUUUGCAGACAGCUGGGUCUGAGCACCGCUAGCCCAAUCUCGGUGGGCAUCGCUUCUUUCGGGCAGGGAACGGGCCGCAUCUGGCUUGACGAUGUUCUUUGCUCCGGCACAGAGUCCAGCCUCGUCAGCUGUCGCCAUUCCAGCUUUGGGACAAAUGACUGUCGUCAUUCAGAAGACGUUGGAGUUCUCUGCCCGCCUACUAAUCUCGGCAACCCCAUGAGAGUGAGGCUGGUGGGGCCCUCACCAAACGAGGGGCGACUAGAGGUCAGCUACAACCAGCAGCCGUGGGGCACCGUGUGUGACGACAGCUUCAACAAUGCGGACGCUGCGGUGGUCUGCAGGAUGCUGGGUUUUAGCCCCCAAAACGCCGUUGUGCGCCCCACCAGCAUUUACGGCAGUGGCAGCAGCAACAUGUCCAUCCUGCUGGACGACGUGCACUGCACCGGCAACGAGACCAGCAUCUUCUUCUGCGCCCACAGCGCCAUCGGCGACAACAACUGCGAGCAUCGAGAGGACGUGGGCGUCUUGUGUGGAGGAAGCUCACCAACUGCUGGUCUGCAGCUGCGUGCGCGUCUUGUGAACGGAUCUUCCACAUCCAACGGGCGUCUGGAGAUUCAAUACAACGGCACCUGGAACACGGUGUGCGACGAUGAAUUUGGCAACGAAGAGGCGCAGGUAGCCUGCAGAAUGGUUGGCUUUUACAGCACCGGGGCCAUUGCUGUAAACCGUGCUAUGUACGGCAGCGGCACUGGCAACAUCAUCCUUGACGACCUCAGGUGCGUGGGUACAGAGACCAGCCUGGGCCAGUGCGGUAACAAGGGUUUGUUUAACAGCGACUGCGACCACAGGGAGGACGUGGGCGUUGUCUGCAACAGUCAGGUGGUCGCGGUGCGCCUGGCGGGUAUACAUCGUACGAGUUACCAAAUGGGUCGGGUAGAGAUCCAGAUCGGACGUGAGUGGGGUACAGUGUGCGACGACUACUUCAACAACAACGCCGCAAAGGUCAUCUGCAGGCAGCUCCACUACCCUUCAGGCGCAGCAAGGGUUGCGGCCGUGAAUGCAUUUGGGGCAGGGCAGGGUCGUAUCCUGCUGGACAAUGUUCGCUGCAGUGGCAAUGAGUCAACUGUCCUGGCCUGCUCCCACAAUCCCAUCGGCCAACAUAACUGUGACCACUCGGAGGACGUUGGUAUCAUCUGUUCUGACACUUCCCCAACCAGCAGCCCAGUGACUGUCCGCCUGGCUGGGGGCACUUCUACCCGCGGAAGGUUGGAAAUCUUCUACAACAACCAGUGGGGUACCGUCUGCGACGACGGGUUUUACACCCAGGAUGUCAUCGUCGCAUGCGCCAUGUUGAAUAUCCGUGGGGGUACACCUAGGGCGCUACCCAUGGGUACCUACCCACCAGGAGCUGGCACCAUUUGGCUGGACGAUGUCAUUUGCCUAGGCAACGAAACAUCUCUUAUAGACUGCAGACACAGGGCCAUCGGCACUAGCAACUGUGACCAUUACGAGGACAUCUCCAUCGACUGUGGACAGCAAACCGCCUCAUCGACCCCGAUUCGCCUGGUGGGCGGUCCCGUUGGAGACAACCGUCAAGGCCGGGUGGAAGUCCAACACAACGGCACCUGGGGCACAGUCUGUGACGAUGGCUGGGGCAUACCGGAAGCAAGAGUUGUCUGCAAUCAGCUGGGCUUUACAAAUGCCUUGCCUGUUCCCAUGGCAAACGCCUUCUAUGGCCAGGGGACCGGGAAUAUCUGGCUGAGUAAUGUAAACUGCGUCGGCAACGAGACGAACCUUGACCUCUGCUAUCACUACCCAUACACGUUUACUGAUUGCGACCACUCGGAGGAUGCCGGACUUCUUUGCUUGGACCGUAACACAAGUCCUAUGCCUGUGGCCGUGAGACUGAGCAGCGGAGCGUCAAUGUACGAAGGACGGGUGGAAGUUCUGUACAACAACAUCUGGGGCACCGUGUGUGACGACCACUUUGAUGCUGUAGACGCUCAGGUGGUGUGUCGCACGCUUGGAUACACUGGCGGGACGGUGCUGCAACAUGCUGGGCAAGGCAGGGGGCCCAUCUGGAUGGACGAUGUUGGAUGCACGGGCUCGGAAUCAACGCUAACUCAAUGCCCGUUCCCCGGGUGGGGUGAGCACAACUGCGACCACAGCGAGGACGUCGGCGUCCGGUGUACAAACCCUUCCGUUCAGGAUGUUCAGGUGCGUCUGGCCAACGGAGCGGGCCCUGACUCCGGGAGGGUGGAGGUGCUGCACAACGGUCAGUGGGGGACAGUGUGCGACACCAACUUUGACAACGCCGAAGCCGCUGUCAUCUGUCGUCAGCUCGGCUUUGGAACGGGAACGGCAACAGCCUUUUCAAGUUCUCACUUCGGACAGGGUCAAGGGGCAAUAGCGGUCAGGAGAAUGGACUGCAGAGGGCCGGAACCUCGCCUUAGCCAGUGCAACAUCACCUGGACUUCCUUUUUUCCUACUUGCACGCAUAUGCACGAGGCUGGGGUGUCCUGCCGCGGCACUGCUUUGCCGUCGCUUCAGGUCCGUUUGAUAGGAAACUACAGCAGCUACCAGGGUCUGGUGGUGGUGUAUUAUAACAACACCUGGGGUACUGUAUGUGAUGACGACUGGGACGUCAAUGAUGCUACGGUCGUCUGCCGCAUGUUAGGGCUGUCGACGACCAAUGUCCGGGCCAUGGCUGGCGGCCACUUCCGGGUGCCAUCACCGCCCAGUAAGAUCUGGCUAGAUGACGUCAAUUGUAACGGAAGUGAGUCAAGCCUCGCGCAGUGUCCGAGCAGCCAACUGGGGAGAACCAACUGCUACCAUUCAGAGGACGCUGGGGUCGUGUGUGGAGGAUUUGUAACAAUGUCUCCAAUACGACUGGCUGGCGGACUGACCCCUCGUGAAGGGCGCGUGGAGGUGUUCCACAAUGGCUCAUGGGGUACCGUCUGUGACGAUGAUUUCGGAAGCGAAGAAGCUGCCGUUGUUUGCAGAUCGUUAGGGUUCAUGAGUCAGGGGGCCGUGGCAUACCCGAGAGCUCGCUACGGGCCGGGUACCGGACCCAUCUGGCUUGAUGACGUCAGCUGCGCAGGCACAGAGCAGUUCAUCGACAGGUGUGCGUACAGACCGUGGAACCAGGGCAACUGCGACCACAGAGAAGACGUCUCCGUGUCUUGUGGAGGUGUACCCAGCAGCGUCACUGUUCGGCUGGCAGGGAUAGGCUCCACCCCUAGCCAAGGUCGGGUGGAAAUCUUGUACAACAACACGUGGGGUACGGUGUGUGACGACCUCUGGGACGCCAAUGAGGCUCGAGUCAUCUGCGCUAUGCUGGGCUUCCCCAGAGCCGGAGCAGUGGCUGUCAGCAACGCCCGCUAUGGUCGAGGAUCUGGACCAAUAUGGCUGGACGACACACAAUGCGUGGGCAACGAGGCCAGCAUCUUGCAGUGCCGGGCCAAACCUAUAGGGUCACACAACUGCUACCACAGCGAAGACGCCGGAGUUAUUUGCUCUACUAGCAUCGUCACACAGAUACGACUGUCUCCUGGACCGACGUCUGGGCGGCUGGAGGUCAACUACAACGGCACCUGGGGGACGGUCUGUGACGAUGGACUCACGGGCUCCUACGGCACUGGGUUGGCACAAGUCGUGUGUCGCCAGCUCAGACAACCUUACACCGGGGCAUACGCAGUUACGAACGCGAGGCUGGGCCGGGGCACUGGACCCAUUCUGCUGGACAGCGUUCACUGCUCAGGCUCAGAGACAUCCUUGCUUCAGUGCUACCAUGACCCUUGGGGUCGAAGCGACUGUUCUCAUUAUGAAGAUGUGGGCGUCGUCUGCCAGGCAGGAACCAGUGCAAUCAGUACCACGAUGAGGCCGACAGCGCCUACUAACCCAGCUAAUAUGUUCGUCACCCUCGAGGGUACCGGGAUAACAGCUUAUGCAGGAAGGGUCAAGGUUUACUACAACGGCAACUGGGGUACAAUCUGUAACGACCGCUGGGACUACAGAGAUGCGGCUGUCGUCUGCAGCAUGCUGGGAUACCCGAGGAACGGGUCCGUUGCCGUGACUACCACCAGCGUGUAUGGUCAAGGUACGGGCCGCAUCUGGAUGGACAACGUGCAGUGCACGGGGAUGGAGACCAACAUCGGCUCGUGCAGUCAUUCGGGGGCCAACUUCUGCGGACAUAACGAGGACGCUGCUGUGUCCUGCCCAAGAACUCAGGUGCCCAGUCAGUUCAUUCUGUUCACGGACAGCACCUCUCAGACCCUGUAUCGCAUGGACUUGAACACCUACAGCUACAUCAACAUUCCCGUGGGUGGCAACGGCAACCCUGUCGCCAUUGACUACGACUUUCUGAACAAUCGAGUCUACUGGACAGAUAUUGCAUCCGCUGAAAUUUGGUCCUCCAACCUGGAUGGUACCAACCUCAUGACAGUGCGCAAACUGGCAUCCGGUUCCCACGCAGACGGCAUCGCCGUGGACUCCAUUUCCGGUUUAAUAUUCUACUCUGACACUGGCUUGAACCUCAUCGUUCUCAUGACUAUUUCCGGGUUUGAUCAGAAAACCAUCGUCAACAGCGACCUGGACGAGCCAAGGGCCAUCGUUCUGGAUCCCCAAAACGGAGUCCUGUUCUGGACUGACUGGGGAGCUCGCGCCAAGAUCGAGCGGGCCAACUACGACGGGACAUCUCGCCAGACCAUCAUCAACAGCAACCUCACCUGGCCUAACGCUCUGGCCCUUGACAUGCCCAAUCAAAGACUGUACUGGGUGGACAGCAGCAGUACCCAGAAUGACAAGGUGGAGUAUUCCAGACUAGAUGGCACCGGCAGGACCGUCAUCUACAGCGUCGCCAACACACAGUUCUUUGGCAUGGCACUCUUCAACAACCAGCUGUUCCUCACAAACUGGAAUGGAACCGGUCUGACACGCAUCAACACUGAUGGCACAAUGGCAACGACGGUUGGUCCUCCCAUCUCCCAUCGCCUGAACGAUGUGCACGUGCACUUCAAUGGCGCUGGGGGACAGGGUCCAAACGGAUGUGCAAAUAACGGUGGGUGUAGCCACAUCUGUACUCCUCGGCCUGGCAACACCAAAACAUGUCUUUGUCCCGAUGGUCUUGUCCUUCAACCUGACAAGUCAACGUGUGGACAGGGACAAGGCUGCACACCCCUCCAGGCUCCUGUGAACGGUGGCAUUAUGCCUUUCUCAUGCACGAGUGGCAGUGUCAACUCCGGCAGCACGUGCACCGUGGCCUGCAAAGCCGGCUUCACUCUCAGGUCGCCAUCAGUUCUCGCUUGUUUGCCAUCCGGGUCCUGGAGUAACUAUGGCCUCCAGCCUGUCUGCGUUGAUACGCAGCCCCCGAAGAUCACGUGUCCCUACAACAUCAACGUCAACGCAGAGAAAGGCAAGACAUCCGCCACUGUCAGUUGGUCCCCCAUCGUUGCGAGCGACAACAGCGGCUCAGUCACAGUCAUCACCAGCAUGACGUCACCGAUCGUCCUCAAUGAAGGGAUGUACACCAUCACGGCCAAGGCCUUCGACUCCAGCGGCUUGAGCUCCUCCUGCUCCUUUUCUGUUAACGUUAACGUUAACAGGUGUUCGCCGAUCACGUUGCCCCCAUACACACAGUUGCUGACGUCACCAUGCCCCUCCUAUUACGGCUCCGUUUGUCGGGUCGCGUGUUCUGCCGGCUACCAGAUGGCGGGUGCCUCUACCAUGGACGUCACCUGCGAAUCCCUCGGCAUCACAUUCCGAUGGGACCCACAACCUUCAUGCAAACCUAUUCCCUGCCCAGCGCUCACAGCCCCUGACCACGGGACGGUCAGCCCCGCGUCUUGUCUGACCCCAGGGUCACCGGUGGGCAGUCAGUGCAGCCUCACGUGUCAGACAGGCUUCACGCUCACUGGCAGCUCGCAAACCGUGACGUGCACUUCCGCUGGCCGUUGGGACAAUGGACAGGCAGCGGUGUGUCUAGACGUUACGCCACCGACGUUGAAAUGCCCCACCAACGUCAACGUUGUAGCUGCUAACGGCAUGACGUCAGCAGUGGCCAACUGGCCAACAGCCACCGUACAAGACAACGCAGGAAACGACCAGGUGGUCGUCACGUCCAGCCUGCCCUCGGGCAUGACCCUGGAGGAAGGUCAGCACAGUGUUACCGUGCGAGCCAUUGACCGCUCGGGUCAGUCGUCCUCCUGCACGUUCAUGGUGACCGUUACAGUUCAGAGGUGCCCCUCACUGACGCUGCCUCAGCACGCGAUCCUCAUGACGCCAUCUUGCCUGCCUGUGGCUGGAAGCUCUUGUCGCAUCGCCUGCCGAUCCGGAUACUUAUUGAGCGGAAAUGACGAAAUCACGUGUUCAUCCAAUGGGGCACAAGCGGCAUGGGACAGCAGUCCAUCAUGCAACCCCAUCACGUGUUCGAAGCCACCUGUGCCAAGCAAUGGGGCACUGAGUGGAUGCCAAAAUGCCAGUCCUGUUGGAGCCACGUGUCAACAGACGUGUAACAGUGGGUUUCAGAUGACGGGCGGCACGUUAGUCAGAACCUGUGAUGUCGAUGGCCAGUGGUCCGGCGAGGUCGCCACCUGCUUGACAGGGGCUGCUGCGGCUCGGGCACAGCAAGGUAACAGCGGCGGUGGCGGUGGUAGCAGCAGUUCGUCCAACACUGGGUCUGUCGUCGCUGGCGUUGUGGUGGGCAUCAUCAUCAUCGCGAUCAUCGUGACUGGAGGCUUCCUUUACUACAAACGAAUGCAAAACCUUGUCAGCGGCACACAAGGUGGUCUUGACAAUCCGAUGUACAGCUCAGAAAUGAUGUGAUCUGGCCGUUAGUCACAUUCAGAAGAUUUGCCCCAAAAUAAGAGCUAUGGGGCCCACAGAGCAGGUCAAGACGAGGUAUACAGCUGACAUCCACUUCCGGAAGUGGCCUCGACAAUCCACUGUAUGAUACAAACUGAUAAACAAAGACAAAUCUUGCACACUUGCACGUAAAAUUCAGCCGCUCAUAUGACACCCAUUCCUUUUUUUCUGAUUUAUUUUAUGUGAGGACAAAUGCUAACAAGUUCAUUGAAACCAUUUUCAUUUGUCGUUUCUGUGUUAAUCUUCGGCCCAUUAUUAAUAUUGUUAGUUUGUUGAUGUUGCUGGGCUUUUUUCGGGUGUUGGCGGGGAUGGGGGAGUAUUUAUUGAGCAUCUGAAGAUUGAACGGUGUGCAUAGAAGGAUAUCUUAGCUACUGCUUGUUGUGUAAUAUUCAGAAUGCUAGUUUACUGAAAAUGAUGAAAUAAAAUUUUGUUAUAAAACCGUA